GUCUUUUGAUAAAGUUGUUAUUGGUGUAAUGUGAAGGGACCACAAUCAUCACCAUUCACCACUUGCUCCUAAUUGAGUUGAAAUCUUUUUACAACAUAGAAAACUAGAAGAUCGCCCUUUCUUGCUUCCUAUAUAUAGAUUUUGUAUCAUCGCAAUUUCACAUCACACACACAAGUAAAGCAUUAGCAACCAUAGCCAUGGCUUCCUCACCAAAACUCUUCUCUAUGUCUAUCCUCUUCCUUUUUGCCCUCUUCUCCAUGCAAAUCCAUGCUAGAGAGUACUUCAGCAAAUUCCCAAGAGUUAACACCAAUGAGAAAGAGACAACAACCAGAGAGCAAAAGCACGAGACCUUCGUUCCCCAGACCACCCAAAAGCCAGAAGAACAAGAGCCAAGGUUCAUCCCUGAAACCCAAAAUGGUUAUGGCCUUUACGGCCACGAGUCAGGCUCAGGCUCAGGCUCAGGCUCAAGCCGGCCCAGUUUCACCACCAAAGAAACCUAUGAACCCUAUGUCACCCCUGUUAGAUUCCACCCUGAUGAGCCCUAUAACAGCAUCCCCGAAUCCUCCAACAAUAAAGACACUUACUACUACAACAAGAAUGCCUACGAGUCCACUAAGCAGCAAAACUUGGGCGAGGCCAUUUUCACCGAGAAAGGAUGGAGCACCAAGGAAAACCAGAACAACAACUACUACAACGGCAACAAUGGUUACAACAAUGGCGAGAAGCAAGGCAUGAGCGAUACUAGGUACUUGGAGAAUGGAAAGUACUACUAUGACGUCAAGAGUGAGAACAACUAUUAUCCAAACCGGUUCGACAACUCAAGAGGAGUUGCUUCGAGGAACGAGUUCAAUGAGAAUCGUUACAACAACAUGGGAAGGUACCACCAGAACCAAGAGGAGUUCGAGGAAAGCGAGGAAGAGUUCGAACCCUGAUCACCUGUCGUACAGUAUUUCUACAUUUGAUGUGUGAUUUGUGAAGAACAUCAAACAAAACAAGCACUGGCUUUAAUAUGAUGAUAAGUAUUAUGGUAAUUAAUUAAUUGGCAAAAACAACAAUGAAGCUAAAAUUUUAUUUAUUGAGCCUAGCGGUUAAUUUCUUGUGAUGAUCUUUUUUUAUUUUCUAAUUAUAUAUAGUUUCCUUUGCUUUGAAA